GGGCCCAGCCUUUGCGGUUGCUACAACCAGCCCGGUGAGCGUCCUAAAAUUAGCAGCCAGCAAAAGGGCUUUGCGUUGAACGGCUGCCGCGAGCCUGGAUGGGCGGAAAGCGCCGCCACUCUGCCCGCGGAGGCGGCGCCGAGGCGGGGUCUAGCGUGUUGCUCCGGAGGGGUGUCCCGAUUCCCCUCUUUUCCCUGGGAGUGUGGCGGGCAAGGCAAGCCAGGGCAGGCGAGAAGGGGGCCCCAGGCAGAGCAAUAUAGGUCGGCUGGGCUGAGGAGGAGAGUCCGCGGCGCCUCGUGCGGCUGAAGUAAACAACUCCCUCCCUCCCUCCUUUCCUUCCUCCCGAGGCGGGAGGAGAAGCCCAACACUCGCCGAGCCCCCGGAAGAAAGUUGAAGGGACCCCAGAGCGCCGCCUCCUCGACGGGCAGCUGCCUUCCCCUCAGCCUCCCGUCAGGCGUUUGGAACCCAGAGCUGUCCCCCGAGGAAGAGGAGGCGAAGAGACGGAGCCGAAACGGCAAAGGGUGCCAUGAAAGCCAGACGGGAGCAAGAAGGGGCCGCGGCGGCGGCGGCGCUCGGCUGCGACCACGACCCUUGGAAGGAGUGCCUGGAGGUGGCGGUGCAGCUGGCGCGCCAGGCGGGACAGAUUAUUAGAAAAGCCCUCACUGAAGAAAAACAGGUGUCUACCAAAACAUCUGCAGCAGACCUUGUAACAGAAACAGAUCACUUUGUGGAAAAUUUAAUUGUUUCUGCUCUAAAAGAGAAGUUUCCCUCUCACAGGUUUAUUGCGGAAGAAGCUACUGCUGCUGGCUCAAAGUGCAUACUCAAUGACAGUCCUACAUGGAUUAUUGAUCCUGUUGAUGGCACCUGCAAUUUUGUACACAGGUUUCCGACCGUGGCUGUUAGCAUUGGAUUUGCUGUUAACAAAGAGCUUGAAUUUGGUGUAAUCUAUCACUGCACCGAAGAACGGUUAUACACUGGUAGAAGAGGUCAAGGGGCAUACUGUAAUGACAAAAGGCUGCAGGUGUCAAACGUGACAGAUAUCUCAAAGGCCUUGAUUUUAACAGAGAUUGGCCCAAAGCGAGACCCUGACACUUUAAAAGUAUUUCUUAGUAACAUGGAGCGAUUGCUCAAGGCCCAAGCUCACGGUGUUCGUGUAAUUGGAAGUGCGACCUUGGCACUCUGUCACUUGGCAUCUGGUGCUGCAGAUGCAUAUUAUCAGUUUGGCCUGCAUUGCUGGGAUCUGGCAGCAGCUACUGUUAUUAUCAGAGAAGCAGGUGGUGUGGUGAUGGAUACUUCAGGUGGACCUCUAGACCUGAUGUCAUGCCGUGUUGUUGCCGCAGGUACUCAGGAGAUGGCUACAUUCAUAGCUCAGGAAAUACAACCAAUUCACUAUAGACGGGAUGAUGAAAAUUGACCAGACUUAAACACUUAUGAAAGUAACAAGAAAAAAAAGCCUGCCAUUUUGGAGCGACCCUCACUACCUGCAAUUUAAAAUGGAUAAUAUAAAGGGUAAAUGAUUUAGCAGAGUGUUCCUUGUAUAGUAUAUAUAGCAAAAACAUAGUGAAAAGGUUUUACUUGCAUUAUAGGAAGGUGAAGGGAAACAUUUAAUUUUUGUAAGCUACUUGACUCCUUUUUAAUGAGAAUUUAUUUCAGCUUAAAAAAACCUACAGACACCCCACACUGAAUUGGUUUCUUGUCUCUUCAAGAUGAAACAGGGUGGGGUGGUGUCUUGUAUUUGUUUGUUUUACACAGGUGUAACUUGGAACAGAUCUCAGGUAAAUUAGUUUUUUGUUCCACUGCAAGGGACAAGUGGUUUUAAAUCAUGUGCCUGAAGUCCUCUCAUCUAACUGUACUUGAGAAAAAAAUACUGCUCUUUUCUGAGGUUAGGAGUACCAGCAUUAAACAGAUGUUUAGAUGUUCAUACUAAUAUAAAUGGAAAUGAGACAUAUCCUUGAACUGUGUAGUAUCCUUGCACAAGGAAUGAUACAAAUAGUCACCGUUAGUGCUGAUGAGGACAUGAACAGCAGUAUUUUUCUGCCAAUCAGAAUUCUUUAGGUUGGUUUAAAGAGAAGAACAUAAUUGUUGCACUUCUUAAAAAUGAGCAUAGAGAUUCAGCAGGACAGGAAUCGAAAGAAUAUAGUUUGGGGUCUUCUGGUUGAUUUUCAGGUGACUUGCAAGAGGAGAUCAGCAAGCAUUUCAAACUCAGAUUGGGUUAAGAGUAGUUCCAACAAAGCCUUUUUUCCCCUCCUGAUUUCGGCUGCUAAACCAUAAAAGGCUAGGCAAAAAACGGGAAUAGAUUUAUGUCUGAAAGGAUUUGUGUGCAAGCUCCAGUUCUGGAAUAGAAAAUAAAUACCUGAUCUGAGCAUAUGCUGUGAGGCACCUUGCUCUGCACAAAGGGAGGGCAGCAGGAAUACAGUUAACAGCAUUUGUGAUCAUUCAGAAUUCUACAAAUAAUGCCAAAAUGCUGUCAGUUUAAAUUUAAAAUACAAUUAACUUGAUUUCAAAAUAGUUUAGGAGUUAUGUUCAGUGUUAAAUUGUCAAACUACCGAUGAUACACUAAAACAGUUUGACUGAGAAUUUCCCUUCAAAAAUGAGUUUCUGCUGUAAGGAUAAAUUUUAGAUCAGAUUUUUGUCUCUGUUCUGGAAUAUGUGCGGUAGAGUUCAACAGCAACAAAAAAAGCAAAUAAUGCUCAUGUGUCUUGAAUUUUGAAUUAUGCUGGUCUUGAAAUGAAGGUAUUUUGUUUUUACUUCUUUCUGGUUAAACUGUGUUGAACUCAUUUAAAUUCAAGUGGCAAUCUAAAAUCAAAUUGCUGAUAAAAAGUUGCCCCUUCUAAGGGAGUAACCUUAACUGAAUUAGAUUGAUGAGCUCACUUAAACAGUGAACUAAAUGGUUAAGUAUUUUUUUAGUAAUAUUUCCAUCUCUGGUUUUGCAAAUACUGUAAUUGUCUAUCUUUUUGAGACAUUUUGUUGUGACUGGCAGUUUUUGGGACCUAGAUGUUCUUAAGAAAAACAAAUAAUAUCCCAAAAACCUAAAGUCAGUCCACUCAUGUAACAGAAUACUGGUAUUCACAGGGUGUCAAGUAUCAGGCCUGAACUCAAUGCUGGCUUGCUACUAGACACUGGAUAUUCGUAUUCGUAUCCCUUUUGCUACAAAUACGAAUAUUGGCACCACAGGUGUUUGAGAAAACCAGACCUACCCCACAAACCGGCAGGUCCACUUUCAGCCAGCAUUAUUUUCAUUGCACCAAUCAGGGAAGCAACCCAACUGGCGCUUCCCUGCCUCCCUGCGCAGCUGACUGUUCAACAGCUGAGCAGGGAGAUGCUUCCUCCUGCCUUCUUACCAGAGUGAUUGGCUGCACGGGGAGGCAAAGAAGUGCUGGCUAUAUGGCUUCCCAGAUUGGCACAAGAGUUAUGUCAGCCAUGUGUGCUGCGUGGUGAGUGGUAAGUGGACUUACUGGUUCAGGGGCAGGGUCCGGUUUUCCCAGGCACCUCUAGUGCUGAUAUUCAUAUUUAUAUCUCCAGGAAUACGAAUACGAAUAUCCCAUGUCUACUUGUUACCUAGUUUAUAAUUUACGUUUGCAGAUUAAUAAUGCAAUACACAUUCUGGUUAGUGCCAUACCUGAAUAAUUACCACAGGAGGAAGGAAUUCAUUGAAUGGCAGUAGAGAAGGUCUUAUAGUGCUACUUAUUCGUGUUAUUUGUAUUGUGCUUUGUAACUCAGGGUGCUACUACGCAGCAAGGGAAAUGCAAAUUCUCUUGCACACACUCAUAUAAAGUUGCACUGGGGAAUUCAGGUUUCCCAGGACUGUUUCCAUUAACUGUUCACGCAGGGAGAAAUGAGAAAGGCCUUGCUUCUAGCUUGUUUGCAGUUCUGUUGUAGCCCUAUAGGAGGUGCAGUUACAAGGAAGCUACUUAAUAAGCUGUAAAAAUAAUUUCAUCCUCAUGUUUCCUCCUCUCUUUAUCCUAAAUAGUUUUUUUUAAAAAAAUAACGUCUUGCAAGGAGAGAGAGGCUUUGCUUGCUGUUUUUUUAAUAGAAAAAAGUCUUGCCAGUGGAGGGGCAGAGAAAACAUUUGUAUGUCAAACAGCUUGCCCAGUAAUCAUGGAGUUUGUCUUGUCAUAUGUGUGAUGGCUAGCAUUGUUGCACUGCUGUUAUUGAAGAAAGAGUGAGCUGUCAGCUAAUCAAAAUUUCUUUAUGCAAACUGAGGGGCUUCCAUCUUGCCCUUCAGCUCAGGCAGCAAAAUAUUUUGGCCUAGCCCCACCUGUAGGGAUCAUAUGCUUUUGCUGUUUUUCAGCAUGCUGUUCAGGUUAGCCCUGCUGUAGUCAAUUUUAUCUUACUAAAAUUCCACAGUCCUAAACAAUUUGAAAACAAGUACCAUUAAAACUAAUACCCAUUUACAAGUAAAUAUAUAUUUAGUUAGGAUUGGGUGUCAACACUACAUUUGUCCCAAUAUGUAAUUUAGGGCUGGAUGUCUCUGAAAAAAAUAUACUCUUACUCCUUCUUCAAUAGAUAGUUUAAUAGGCAGUUCUAUUUUCUGAGAGGUUCUUUGUGUUCACAUCACUAGUUGUGUGGUCAGAACAAGAAAAAGGGAUGCACAAGAAGAGAAUUGAAUAAAACAUCAAUGCACUGUGUUGCUUUCAGCGCUCCAAUAUCAGAGUUACACAAGUGAUCUGAAGAUAUUAUAAAUAUUUUUAAAGGAAUUUGCAGAAUGAUUGGCCAUUGUUGCAAGAAAUUAGCAUUGUUGUUUGUAAUAUCAGGUGAUUCUUUGAAGGCACUGUUACAUGAGUGGCUCUCACAUGUGGAGCUAAGCCUCCUCAAAAACAAACCUUUUGUUUGUAGAUCUUUCACUAAAAUUAAGCCAUAUGGUGAGAACAUUGUCACUCGCUGCUAAUUGCAUGACUGAAAUACCCAUGUGCCUCUGAGUCUCUUCAUCUGUCUGUUACAAAGUAAUGGCAGUGGAUAUGUUAUCUUUGUGAAAUUCCUUGUUUUCUUAAAUACAAAGUAUUAGAAUGUGAAAGCUUUGAAACAGGGAUAUCUUGAAGAAAGACAUGAAGAAUGUGUACACUAAAUCUGUUGUGUAGAUAUAGAAAUUCUACAGAAUCAUGACUGGAAUCAGUUUCAUUUGUUGAUAGCUUGUGUUUGAUUUCAAAAUGAGUAAGAUCUUUUUAUUUCAGUUUAUUUUUCUUUAUAUUGGCAAGUGGCGCAGGGACAGACUAUGAGCCUAAUUGUGCCAGUACCGAACAUACUUGAACACCAGUUUAAGUAACUUAGUUUCUAGCAUACUGCCCGUUCUUUGCUGAUAGAUGCUUCCAUUUUUUUUAGCAGUUAUGUACAGUAGUAGAAUGAAAACCCCAAUAAAUUAUAGCCCUUCCUAUCAAAGCAACAGUAAAAUGUGCUGUUCAUAUAUUGCCCCAUAGCACUUAAAGCACUCUCUGGGCAGUUUACAGUUUAAUUAUGCAGCCCUCUUCAUUAAUGAAGAGAAGAUGUGUUGCAGCUUAAUUUCAUCCCAUUUAUAAGUCGUUAAAAUAAAGUUGUACCUUAGGAACAGAGUUGCUAGCAACCACAGCAGCCUGAACAUUAGAAGUUUUGAAAGAACAAACAAUAUAAUGUUCAUAAACAAUUAGGGGGGAAAUUAAAAACCACAAUUUAUAGCCAUUGCACAAAUAUUUAAAACUGAGACUUUCUCUACGUUUAAGCACUGUUAACUUAAUACUUAGCAUUUAUAUAGCACUUCAGAAUGUCCAAAGUUCUUCCCAUCCAUCAUUUGUAAACCUUAAAAAAACUUGUAAGGUCAAUAUUAUCACUGUGUUACAGUGGGGAUGCUGUGUCAGAGUGAAGUCCUGAGGAGGAGCAACAUUUAAACUGGGAGAAGUUUCCUGAUUUGUAAGUCAGUAUCUGAGAGUCAGACUACACGUUAUGCUAUGACUAUACAGUAACCUUAUACAGUAUACAUUCCUGGGGGAAAAUCCAAAGCAACUAUUCUGUAAAUUCCAGCAUGGUACCAAUGGGAAUUAUUUUUCACUGCAUUCUACUCAUGCAUAUGGGGCUGUCAGAUCAGAAAAUUGAUACUUGACCCUCCCUAGGAAUCCUAUAGAACUUUACAGACGUGAAGAAAAAAAAUCCAAACAUGUUCAUCACAGUUGGCAUUUAUCUCAAUAAAGGGUUAACUCCAGAAUGAAAUGAAAUAACAUUUGACAAUCAUAUGCAAAUUUAUCUGCAUAUCAAGGUGUAAGUCUUUUCAUUGUUGCAAUAAAUCCAGGCAACGUCAGCUUAACUAA